GAAAAAUAAUUUACUUGUAAAUUAAUAAAUCAAAUAAAAAUGAAUUAUAAUGGGUUUUUACAAAUUUUAUUUAUUUUAUCUAUAAUUCAUAAUUUUAAUUGUAUUAAACUUGAUAAAAAAUCACGAAAACAAAAUUGUGAAGAAGAAACAACAAAACGUUUAAAAAAAUAUAAUAGCCAAUUAAAAAUUUUAGAUAGUUCAAUUAAAUUAUUUGUUGGUGAUAUUAUACACUGUGAAAUUAUUAUUGAAGAUAUCAGUGAAAUUGAUAGGCCUAUUGUUACAAUGGAAACUAAAGUAAUUAAUACACCAGAUAAUGAACAAUAUCAAUAUUUUCCAAUAAUAAGAGAUGAAAGUUGUUUUAUGUUUAAAAUACGUUCAAAGAAAAAUGCAUGGAUAUCAUUAAAUACAAUGCCAAUUAAAGCUGAACCAAUGAUGGAAUUUAUAUUAGGUUGUUGUGAUAAUAUAACAAGUUCAGUUAAUUCAUCAAAAAUAUUAAUAAAACAAACAAAUUUGGAUGGAACACAAAAUGAUAUACCAGUUAUAAUAAAAAUUACAUCAGAUGAUUUACAAGUAGCUGCUGCAAAUGCUGAUGGUGCUGCUGUACAACAACAAAUUCAAACAAAUAUUCCAUUAAAUGAAACUGAAUUUAUUAGUUAUUGGAUUAGUUGGUAUGAUUCAGUAUAUAAAAUUGGACGACAGGGUGAUAUUAAACCAAUGAUAAUAUUAAAACCAGAAAAUUUUAAUUUAACUGUUAAUUUUAUUGGUAUUAGAACAAUGGAUAAUACAGGUGUAUGGAUUUUAGAAGAUCCAAAAUGUCCAUCUAAACCAACAAAAUUACCAUCAGAUAUUCCACCAGUUUUAGGUACAAAAUGUUGGACACCAGAUGUUACUGCUACAGGAGAGAUAUUCUCUUCCGAAGAACUUUAAUCCACAUUAUAUAAUAUAUAUAUAUAUAUAUAUAUGCAACUAAAACACAUCCAAUUUAAUAACUAAAUAAAUAAUUGCUAAGUAACUGAAAUACUUUAUUUUUUUUUAUUACAAUUUUUUUUCCUUAAUUUAAACUCUAUUUAAUUGAAAAUUAAACAACUGAAUAGAAAUACAUGUAGAUAUGUUAAAAUAUGUGUAUGUAACAUGUAAAUAAUAGAGAUUAAGUAAAGCACUUUAAAGUUUUUAUGUAAAAUUUUUUUAAAGCACUAUCAAUGCGCGAUUUCAAAAGUAGAAAUAAUUCAUAUGAAAUAUACGAUGGUCAUUUAUAAUUUAUUGAGAGCAAUUUAAAAAUGCUAGGCAAUUAGAAAAUAUUAAAAAAAAGAAUA